GCUUGAGCGUUUGAACAAAGAUGGACCUGAGCUAGCAGAGUAGAUUGUAUAUAUAUUUUUUAAUCACUAUUUUAAACGCUAUUUUUAAAUUGGCGUGGCUACACGUGUUUUAAAAUGUACGAACCAUUUGUUACGGUACUGUUCAAACGACAGCUAGCGUGCUGGGUAGCUUAUUAAUUGCGAGUCGAGUUAACGCUUGCUUUUAAAUACAUUCCCUUACCAGCUAGCUAACUAACGUUAAUUUACGUUAGUUACCUAGCUACAUAGGUUUGGUUUGUGACUAAAUAGUUAUCUUUCCAGCUAAUAAUUACUAUCGGUUGCAACAUAAACAACAAUCUGGCUAGCUACCCACAUUUUGGUAGAUAGCUAACAAGUUCUCCAAUGUUAGCAAUUGAGCUAGUCUAACUUACACGCUGGAACGCCUUUGUUGUAUCCUGAUCUUGUAUUCUAUUAUGGUGUUUCGGCGCAUGCUCGGGAAUUACAUUUUGUUAGAUAACAUUUGCAACUCGUGAAAUAAUUAUUUUGAAGCCAUCUGAGUCAUGCCGCGACAUGGAAAUUCACAAUAAACUCAAAAUUGCUAACAAGAAAAGGGAGAAUAAUACUUCGGCAAUGUCGACACAUGCCCGUACAACAGCAAAUUCAGUUUUAGGUACUGAGGUGUCGCUUUCUUUCCAAGAUGAACUGGCGGCAACGAUACAUGGUGCAUUUGAAGUGGCGGUGGAAAUUGCAGUGCUGGAGAUCACUAAACUGGUCGGUCAGGCCUUGGGAGAUGUUCGUGACCAGAUGCAUGAAACAUUACGGGAGAACAAGUCCCUGAAGCAACGUUUGCAAGCAGCUGAGCUAGAACUCAGUGCCCGUGGUACAUGCAACGUAGGAGACGAGAGUCAGGCGCAGCUUGUGGUAACUGUGGGUAACGUCAGCUCAACUGCUCAAAUACAACAAACUCUGAAGUCACCAAGCCCUCAACUGAACAGCAAAUUGAAAGCAGGGAAAGAGAAAAUACAGAAAUACGACAAACCAAAAGCUAAAUUCCAAAUGAGCGCCUCAUCGAAUGUUGCAGUUGAAGAAAGUUAUGGGUUUUUGGCAGCACCUGCUGAGACGAGUACAAGACACAACGGGUCAUUUAGCGAAAUCCGGGAGGACGGCCGAGUAUGUUCCCAAGAACUGGACCCUAAUUUAGGAGAACCAAUCCCUAGCCAGGAAUUUGUUACAGCUGUUAAGGGGAAUUCACCUAAAGUGUACACUGAGAACCUGGUGAAUUUUAAUCUGGAGGCUGCCCCAGGAACUGGCAGCACCUCAUCCCUAUGCAUUGGCUCAGGAAGUCCUGAAGUGGAGCAGGUCAAGGUAAAGGAAGAAAAGUCUGAGCCAGACCAUGGUUCUGACUCUGGUUCUGGCUCCAGUGCCAGCAUUGCUGAAGAGGAUAAUUUCAACCCGGAUAACCUCUCUCUGGCUCAGUCCAAACUGCUUGAAGACUGGAGGCCCGAGCCACUGCAGCUUCAGAGCUGCAACGCCAACCCUCUUGUUCCCUGCACCAGUCUCUCAGUGUCUGACCCUCCCAUCUUUGCCCCAGAUGUUCCUGAACAGAACACCCUUGAACCAGCCGCCAGUGGCCCUUCCAUCUUCCCCUCUAACUUCUCAAACUCCUACCAGCCUGCAGAGACGGUGGGACUGUCCACUUCUCAGCUGCCGUAUGCCGGCCAAAUUGGCAGCGCAAACUCUGCCUCCAUCGUGCCUCCCAGAAUACACGUCUGCAAGGUCUGCGGUGAAGCAUUCCACCUGCCAGGGGAGCUGCGCCGGCACCACAGCCAGCGGCACAACCCCAAACCCAGGAACCCCAAACGGCAGAUCUUUCCCCCAGGACGCAGCCCUUACCACUGCACCCAGUGCGGCCGUGACUUCAACCGCAUGGAGAACCUGAAGACCCACCUGCGCAUCCACACAGGGGAGCGACCCUAUACCUGCUCUGUGUGCGGCGUUCGCUUCCGCCACUCGGGGGCGCUCACGAGGCACUUCCGUAUCCACACUGGCGAAAAGCCCUACGCCUGCAGUCAGUGUGGCAAGACCUUCCGCAACUGCGGGGGGCUCCGCUUCCACCAGCGCUCGCACACCAGGGAAGGCCAGGGCAUGGGGGACUGAGGCAGGAGUCAGGAAAAGGAUGUUUUACUGUGGAAACUUUAACCUGUAUGCAGAGUAUCGCUGACUGGGGCCCUUGGUGAAGAAGAAGAAUGGCCCUAUGCAGACUUGUUCUACAAGGUUGAUAGAUGUUACAAUUUCAUGCCACACUAGAUGAAUUGUGCCAGAUCUGAGCAUUGACUCGUAGUAUUCAGUCACAAAGAAUUUGGCUUUGAUGUAACCUCACUGAUUUGUGGUCAUGUGGUAAGAUAAUGUAUUUGAGUGCUAGGAGUGGAUAAGACAUGCAUGAGUUCAUGGCUGAAAAGAAUGACAUCACUGAAAGUUCUGAGUUUGAAGAUGAAUUUGCACUCUAUAGAGUUGCACAGGUUUGCUGUUUGACAAUAGUUCUGCCCCUACCCCCUUUUUAAUAUUUGUUUUUUUAAAAGUUUGAAUACUAAAAUGUAUUAAACUUGAGAAGCACUGCG